AUGUCUUCUGCUAUCCCGGCCACUUCCACACGCCAAACCGAUGUCAUCUAUAGAUCUUUGGCAUUGUCUCCAAAUGAAGAUAACCCAGAUAUUCGCCAGAAAUACCGACCAUUCAUCCUCAAUGAUGCACCCGAGGAUUGGGUCAACAAUCUUGACUUAGCUACAGCCCUUGACAUGGCCGAGCACAACCUACAAAGCACAAAGGAGAGAUUGAAAAUCCUAGUCCUCUAUGGCAGUUUACGAAGAAGAUCGUAUUCACGACUGGUAGCAUACGAAGCCUCCCGCAUCCUUUUCCGACUCGGUUGUGACGUACGAGUCUUCGAUCCCGAAACCCUACCCGUGAAGAACGAAGUCGAUACAGACCACCCGAAAGUACAAGAACUCCGGGAGCUCAGUGCGUGGAGCAAUGGACAUGUAUGGGUCUCUCCAGAGCAGCAUGGUAAUCUGACUGCCGUUUUCAAAAACCAAAUUGAUUGGAUUCCUUUGAGCACAGGGAGUGUGCGUCCUACACAGGGCCGAACAUUGGCUAUUGCACAGGUGUGUGGUGGAUCUCAAUCAUUCAAUGCUGUCAACUCGUUGCGUAUCCUUGGUCGGUGGAUGCGCAUGUUUACGAUCCCGAAUCAAUCGUCGAUUCCAAAAGCGUAUACACAGUUUCCGGAUGAAGGACAGCUAGAGGAUCAGAGACUUUUGCCUAGUGGCAACCGGGAUCGGUUGGUGGAUUGCAUGGAGGAAUUUGUCAAGUAUACUAUUCUGAUGCGGCCUCAUAUGGAGCUUUUUGGUGAUCGUUUCAGCGAACGGGAAGAGAAAAGAUCGAAGGCAAAGAGAGUUGCCGCAUAG